UACGUACAAACAUAUACAGUGUGAUUGUUUUGAUUUAUGAGAGGUGAUUGAAUCGGUUAAAGGUUCGCAUUUAAGUUUUCCCCGUUUACUCGGUUUCAGCUCGACAUCAGAAUUUGCAUGAUCGCCAUAAUUGCUGCUUUUAAAACCACGCCAUGCAGGGACAGGAGAACCAGUCCUACCAAGGAUAUACGAACGGAGAGAAACCUACCUACGAUAACCCUGCUUACGUAGCGGACACAAAAGACGUCAGUAUUAGCGUCCGUCCAAAGUCUGAAAAGCGACCUAAACAGUUUGACGACGGGAUAGAUCGGAGGUGUGGAUACGGAAAGCUAAAAGCAGGAUGGAUGCAAGUGUUCAACAAGAUGUCUUUCUUUGUCGUGUGGGCAUUCAUCCUGUGCUUCCUGGAAGGGUUCGCCGUCAAUGGCAUCGGCAGUGCCGCCCUUCCCUCAAUAGAACGCCAGUUUCAGCUGACAUCAACUAAGUCCGCCCUCAUCCCGAGUUCACAGGAUAUCGGGGCUCUCAUCGUCGUCCUCUUCGUCAGUUUCCUCGGUGGACGCUAUCACAAACCUUUCAUCGUGGCUACUGGGUCCGUAAUAAUGGCCGUCGGUUCCUUCCUCUUCAUCGUCCCUCACAUCGCAGAUACAUAUACACCCGCAGUUCAUUUUAUGAUUUUUCAGAUAUAUCCAAGACAUCCGAAUCCAUCUGUCCAGCAGCUGGUGGAGGAGGAGGUGGCCCUGGCGCCAUCUUGUGGAUCCUCUGGAGAGAAGUACCUCGGUGUAUUCAUGGUCGCACAAAUAGUACAUGGCUUGGGAUUUACUCCAAUGUUUACCCUCGGCACAGUCUAUAUCGAAGAGAACGAGGACCGCUCAACAGCGGCUGUCUACAUUGGUCUAACAUACGCAGCUGCGGCCCUAGGUGUUGCAUCUGGCUUUUUCGCCGGUGGUCAGCUGACAGAGAAGUUAUUUGUGGACUUCGACAGAAUAGAUCAGGAAAGCCUCGAAUUCAACGCCCGUGAUCAACGAUGGGUCGGAGCGUGGUGGGUUGGGUUCAUCAUCUCUGCGGUGGGGUUUCUGUUGAUCGCAAUCCCCAUCUAUGGUUACCCAAAACACAUGCUGGGUAAUGCACCAAUUGAUGAUCCAAAGCAAAACCAAGAUAAAAAGAGGAUUAAGCAAACGAUUGUCUCAUUCUUCAAAGAUUUACUCAGAUUGAUUAAGAACCCGGUGUAUAUGUUUAUAAAUCUGGGCGGAUGCACAACCUCACUCAUCAUAUCGGGAGUGUCAGCAUUCUCAUUUAAGUUCUUGUCGGAACAGUAUCAACUGAGCUUUGAUGUCGCCGGCUAUCUCAUUGGGGGUCUGAUACUCGUGGGGGCUGUCGGUAUGGUGUUGGGAGGCGUUCUGGUGAGGAUAUUUAGAUUGGAAACCAUUGGGAUGACACGACUGAGUGUAUUGGUGUCGCUUGCAUCCGCUGCACUUGGGACAAGCUUACUGGCUGGAUGCCCAAACGUCAACCUCGUGGGACUCUCAGUGCCCUACUCGGAUACUAGAGCAAUGAAUGGAUACAUCGAUACAUGUCAGGGGUCAUGUGACUGCACGUCCACUUCGUAUUCUCCCGUGUGUGGUCAUGACAAAAGCAUGUAUUACUCCGCCUGUCACGCUGGUUGUAACACUCAGUCCUCGAUAGGCCAGGAGACAAUAUACGGUAAUUGUAGCUGUGUCGCCAAUCGUCUGAACGUAUCUGUAACUGAUGCUGAUGCUGUGGCGGUGUUAGGGAGAUGUGAAGAUAACUGUACGAACCUUAAGAUCGUCGCCCCAUGUUUAUACAUCGCCCUCCUGGUCAUUCUCAUCAGCGUCACUCCGACUUCCAUGGCAACGCUCAGAUGUGUUGACGGGGAUCAGAAAUCGUUCGCAUUAGGACUACAGUGGUUGUUUCUGAGAUUAUUAGGUAUGAUUCCUGGACCUAUUUUGGUGGGAGCUGUCCUUGAUGGCACGUGUGAGAUCUGGACAGAGUUGCCGUGCACAAGUAGCAAGUUCUGCAUGAUGUACAGCCUCUCGCGCAUGUCAACAGGAGUGAUGUUGUGGUGGGUCAUCGUUUCCGCUUCGUCUGCCAUCUUUUAUUUUAUAGCGUCAGUGUUUGCAUCAAGGAAUAAAAACAGUUUUACUCUUGGCUCCAAAUGACAAACAUGUUUUCAAUAAUCGCGAGUGAUAUGGUGAUUCUGAUUUGAAUUUUGGUCAAAAUGUAUCCGUUUACUUGAUACAUUUUAAUAGUUGGUUUAGAGUGUACGUUAGAAUGUACAAGCUAACCACUGCCAUGAUGUAUAACAUUACAAUUAAUUCUAAGGUUGUAAACUUUACGUCAGCCAAUUAUAUUGUUUUCCAACUUUACAUCAGCCAAUCAUAUCGUUUUACAUUUAUCUACAUGUUAACCUGUGCUUCUCCAAAUGGAGGAAACAUAUAGCAGCUGUGGAAAGAUUAAUCAUUAUUAUGAUAUCGCCUAAUAGUGGAGAAUUUAGACCAUGUUUAUCUACGUUUUUAUAAUGAUCGCCCAAUUAAUGUAGAAUUAAUCAAACAUUAAAACAAUAUUUAUUACAGUUAUAGGAUCUAUGUUCUAAAAUGUUUCCAGUUUUCGUAGUAUCGAGUCUUAGUGGAAUGAAUAAAUAUAAAAAGUACCUUCUAUUAUA